GAGAAUGGCGGGGAGGGGGAAGCUAAUUGCGGUGAUCGGAGACGAGGACACGGUGACUGGCUUCCUGCUGGGCGGCAUAGGGGAGCUUAACAAGAACCGCCAGCCUAAUUUCCUGGUGGUGGAGAAGGAUACAACCAUCAAUGAGAUCGAAGACACUUUCCGGCAGUUUCUAAACCGGGAUGACAUCGGCAUUAUCCUCAUCAACCAGUACAUCGCAGAGAUGGUGCGGCAUGCGCUCGACGCCCACCAGCGCUCCAUUCCAGCCGUUCUGGAGAUCCCGUCCAAGGAGCACCCCUAUGAUGCUGCCAAGGACUCCAUCCUGCGCAGGGCCAGGGGCAUGUUCACGGCCGAGGACCUGCGCUAGGGCCCUCCCCACAGCCUUGC